CGGAGAGAGGAUGGAGAGUCAAAACCUGUCCGUCGGCCAGGUGGCUGCCAUUAUUGGACUGGGCAUUGGUGCAGUGCUUAUCAUACACGGGGGAGACCCACUGGACUCAAUGGGACAGGGGUAUCCGAUGUGGAGGAAAACUGGGCUAAUUGGCGCUCCAGCACGGGCUGUGGUUUGCAUAAUCGCCGGAGUCACUCUCCUUGCCAUGGGCUGGCUGUAUAGGCUGCUGUUCUGCCCCCUGGAGCUGCUCAGAGCCCCUGAUGAUGUGGGAUACAUCGCCGAUGAUGGUCGCUCCCGGGCCCGGGCUGCAAACGACGUCCGCCGCAGGAGGAAAAUCGGGGAGCUUCCUCCCGUGUAUCCAAACGGCUGGUACCGAGUGCUGGACUCACACAUGCUGGAGAGGGGAGAUGUAAAAAAUGUCUCUGUGCUAGGUGAACAGGUGGCAGUGUUUCGGGGCCAGGAUGGGAAGGCGCACGUGGUGGACGCCUACUGUCCUCAUCUGGGUGCCAACUUGGCUGUCGGAGGACGGGUGGUAGGGGACUGCUUAGAGUGCCCGUUUCACGGAUGGAAGUUUCGGGGCGAGGACGGCAAGUGUGUCAGGAUCCCCUAUGCAGAGAAAGUGCCAGAGUUUGCCAAGGUGCGCCGUUGGCCCAGCUGUGAGGUGAACGGCCUGAUCCUGGUUUGGUUUCACUGUGAUGGAGAAGAUCCUCAGUGGACUGUCCCAGAGCAGCAUGAAAUUACAAAGGGCCAGUGGGUCUAUCGGGGAAGGACCGAACAUUUUAUCAACGCCCACAUAGAGGAGAUUCCUGAGAACGCAGCCGACGUCGCCCACCUGGCUCACCUCCACACGCCGGGCAUCGUCAGCGGAGUGGAUCUGCGCUACACCAACAGCAAAACCUGGGAGUUUGUGCGACACGACUGGAAGGUCCACUGGGAGCCGGAGGCAGAGCCUAACAAGCAUUGCUCUACGAUGUUGGUGAAACAUGCUCUGACCGUAUUCGGACGCCAUUGGCCUCUGCUGGAUGCCGACGUCGUGGCCCGACAGGUUGGCCCAGGAGUGGUGUUUCUGGUCUUUGACCAUGGUUUCCUGGGCCAGGGUCUGAUCAUGCACUGUGUGACCCCAGUGGAGCCCCUGCUGCAGUGUGUCUCCCACACCAUCUUCUACCAGUCUAACAUCCCGCCACUGGUGCCCAAAUUCGUCCUCAGAGCAGAGUGUAUUCAGUUUGAACGGGACGUGAUGAUCUGGAAUAAUAAGAAGUACGUCUCCAAGCCUCUGCUUGUAAAGGAGGACUCGGCCAUCCUUAAGCACAGGCGCUGGUUCAGUCAGUUCUACAGUGACAACAGCCCUCGGCUGCACUACCAGCAUGACACUCUGGACUUCUGACCUCCGCUGUGGACGAGUGGAGAGAGUCACGAAGGAGGACUGGGGAGAAGGGACGGGGGCAGCGCUGAGGCAGCAUUAAUCAAAUGUCUCAGAGGCGGCAGACAAGGACUGAUUUUUACCUGUCAGACCAUAAUAAAUUGGAGCGUGUAGGAGGCCUGGCCCACUCAUGAGAUGGGGUAAUGGCUUCUUUUGAACAUGCCUAAACUCUAACAAUAUAACAUGUAAAACCUCUUUUACUCUGUCCUGUUUAAACAAAUAUCUUUCCAGCCUCAUAUACGAUAAGUGCCUAAUGCUGUUAUAUUCGCCUAUUUUGGAUCGGUGGGACAGGAUGAUAGCAGUGUUUCUGAUUCAGUGGAUUGAGCCCAUAAAUGUGAAAAAGUGAAGACCCAUUGCUAGUGACCACAGCAAGCAAUACUGAAAAAACAAAACAAAAAACACCAGAAUUGCCUAGCCUUGUAAAUAAGAGAAGACCAUUAGAUUGUCAAAAACCGUGUUACUCUGCAAAAUGUGGAUAAUUAUUCAGAAUAUGCUGUGAUAUAUAUUGACAAUAACAGUCGUGUGCUUUUUGAGCUAAUGUAUGCAUCCCAUUCUGCCGCAUGCUUCAUAUAGACUCAGUAAAAUUCCAUCAACCCUCUUUGCUCUGCCACCUGGCUUUAGUUUGAUCAGUGCAGCCGGAGGCACCACUGACGCAUAGCUAUGUUGGGAAAUGGGUCAGUGAGGAUGCCUCUGUUGCUGCAGUAUAACUCAUGAUACAUGACACCUUUUCACCUUGUCCGAUUUAGAAAAUAUUAAUCUGAGCUUUGCAGGUUGCAUUCAGGUUCGCUCUUUAAUGUUUAACCAAACUGGACUACCUGCCUCAAUUUCAGGUAACCCGUGGGUGUGUUUAUUUUCCGAGGGACAUCUCAGGUUGCUCAACAGUCAGCUGAUAGUCGUGAUUUUGCAUUUUGCUCAAAUUGCCUCGGCGGUGUGCAAUGACAGAUUGUUGAAAAAACUACGAUUGCUAUCAUUUCUAAGUUGGAAAAAAGUAAAUCCUAUUCAGUCCUAUUCAGUGUUUAAAUCAAUAUUUUAUUGUAUUGAGACUUUUUUACUCGUUUUCUUGAGGCGUGAUGUUCUCAUGAAAGAAGUUGAAGUAAUUUUUUUUCCCAAGGCAUUGGCACUUAUUUCCAAAAAACUAAUGAAUCAACUUGAAAUUCAUCAAAACAAGUAUAAUAAUCAAACCAAUGGCCGAUCGUUUCUUUUGUUUUCAGAAAAUUCAAGGCGUGAUGAAAAUCUGUGAGAUG